AUGCCCCCCAAACGAACCCUAAAAUACCACCUCUUCCUCAAACCGGUUGCCUUCCUCCUCCGCGCCCUAGCCUACACCCUCGUCCCCCGCAUAACCCCAACGCCAACAACAACCCUCCACAUCCCAUCCCGCGACCCCCAAAGAACCAUCAAAGUGCACGUCUACCGCCCCUGCAGCCCCGAAAAGGGCCCGCACCCGGUCCUCCUCAACUUCUGCGGCGGCGGCUUCAUCAUCCAAGGCCACGGCCUGGACCACACCUACUGCAGCCACAUUGCCGCGCACACCGCCUACACCGUCUUCGACGUGCAGUACCGUAUGGCUCCCGAGCAUCCCUUCCCCGCGGCCCUCGAAGACGCAGAGGAUGUGCUGGCCUAUGUGCGCGCGCGCCCGGAGACGUAUGAUGCGGGUCGUGUGGGCGUGAGCGGGUUCUCAGCGGGGGGCAAUCUGGCGACCAGUCUGGCGGCGAAUCAUGAGGGCCCCUUUAAGGUGCUCGUGGCGUUUUAUCCGGUCGUGGAUGCUGCCAGGCCGUCUGCGGAGAGAACGGCGCCGGAGGUUGGGGGGUGGACGUUGCCGAGCUGGUUUGUGAGGUUUUGUACGGUGGCUUAUUUGAGUGCCGGGUUUGAGGGUCGGGAUGUGAGGGUUUCGCCGCUGCGGAGGGCGGUUGGGGAUGGUGCUGGGUGGAGGGUGGAGAGGGCUUUGUUGGUUUCUGCUGCGAGGGAUGUGUUGGCCCCGGAGGUGGAGGAGUUGGGGGGAAUGCUUGCUAAGGGUGGGAAUGGGGGGUUUCUGAAGAAGGUCGUUGUUGAGCGGGUGGAGGGCGUGGGGCAUGCUUGGGAUAAGGUUGCGAAGGAGGGAACGGUGGGCUGGGAGAAGAUGAUGAGGGUUUAUGGGAUGGUGGUGGAUUUGUUGGAUUAG